UCAUACAGGAAAUGCGCUUACUUUUCACUUCGCUAUCACUGUAGUAUUCGCCUACUUCGGCACGUGACUUGUCAAAUCGACAACUAUCAUUCCAACUAGUUAUGUAUGUCGCAAUAAUUACUGUACGACACGCGACCUUCAUGAUGUCGUAGAGAAGGGGUCGCAAACAGUAAUUGAUUUAGAAAGUAGAAACUAUUAAAACGAUGAUGUUAGCUCGAUUGACGAGUUAGUUUCGUUGGUGUUGACUUGCAGUGAUUGCAGUGGAAGUGUUCGCUUACAGCAAUUACAGUGUUCGCUUACAGCAAUUACAGUGUUCGCUUACAGCAAUUACAGUGUUCGUGCAGUGAUUUUUCUGAUAACUUACUAUGACGACCAACAGUGAAGAAAUCGUAACUCCCGCCGCUAUACACGAUCUAUCCCCUUCCCCCGAGCCAACCCCGCCUGCCUCCCCCGAAAUAAUCCCCGCAUCUGACGAAGAAACUGACCACCCAAUCCCCCCUUUAACGCAACUAACUCCUCCCAACCCCGAACUUCCAUCCACCUCAGCCACCCCUGAUGUUAUCCCCGCAGCUCGCCCCAAAGCAGUUCCUUUGAUAAUCCUCGAAACAUCCGAUGAGGAAGAGGAUCCUAUAUCGCGCGAAGAACCAGUGCCAAAGCGCAGUAGACUUUCCUCUGACGGAAAGUACCACAAUCAGUACAAUUGGCCGCCAGUUGCAUACGGUCAACGUAUGCAGGAGACCGUUGGAUUGUGCGAGGAUCCAAAUACGUGUAAACUGCUUGUGAGAGUACAGCGGGAGGGGGAUUCUACACUAGAUGCAGACUUGAAUCUGCAGGAACAAUUAGAAAAAGAGAAAAAUGAAAGUGAUGAGGUUAAGAAGAAGGAAAAUAAUUUAAAUCAGGAAAAAAAUGACGCCAGAGAAAAGAAAGAAAAGAAAAAUAUACCGAUCGACAUUCAAGGGCUUUUAAACGAGGACAUGGAUAUUAUUGAAUUGUUCUGUCUCACGGACAAACAUUAGAGUCAAA